ACAACGAAAAAGGUGAACAGUAUAAGGGUACAACUAUUAGGGCAAAACCCCCAUUCUCAACCCUUCCAGAAAACCCAUACCCCUCUGCUAUUCAUUUCCUAAUCUCAGUCGGAUCCAGCGAAAGAUCCGAUCUUGACCUGAAUACUAGCAUCUCCCACCAACUACCGCUAAAAAUGGCAUUGGCGUUCGAUGAAUAUGGUCGGCCGUUCAUUAUACUAAAAGAGCAGGAUCAGAAGACUCGGUUGCGAGGUCUGGAUGCACAGAAGGCCAAUAUUUCAGCCGGAAAAGCUGUGGCUCGGAUCCUUCGGACCUCACUCGGACCCAAAGGCAUGGACAAGAUGCUCCAAAGCCCCGACGGUGACGUCACGAUCACAAAUGAUGGUGCGACAAUCUUGGAGCAGAUGGACGUUGACAAUCAGAUUGCGAAGCUAAUGGUUGAAUUAUCCCGAAGUCAAGACUAUGAAAUUGGUGAUGGAACAACUGGAGUUGUUGUCAUGGCUGGUUCACUUCUAGAACAAGCUGAAAAGUUAUUAGAACGUGGUAUUCAUCCUAUCCGGAUUGCAGAAGGAUAUGAAAUGGCUUCUAGGAUAGCUUUUGAACAUCUGGAGAACGUAGCCCAUAAAUUCGAAUUUGAUGCUACAAAUAUGGAACCUCUGAUUCAAACUUGCAUGACUACGUUAUCAUCCAAGCUUGUGAAUAGAUGCAAGCGUAGUUUGGCAGAGAUUGCUGUCAAAGCAGUGCUAGCUGUUGCAGAUUUAGAGAGGAAGGAUGUUAACUUAGAUCUAAUUAAAGUAGAAGGGAAGGUAGGUGGGAAGUUAGAGGAUACUGAACUGAUAUAUGGAAUUGUUGUCGAUAAAGAUAUGAGUCAUCCACAGAUGCCAAAGCAAAUUGAGGAUGCCAAAAUUGCUAUUUUGACGUGUCCUUUUGAGCCACCGAAGCCAAAAACUAAGCAUAAGGUUGACAUUGAUACAGUUGAAAAAUUCCAAACACUACGUCGACAGGAGCAGCAGUACUUUGAUGACAUGGUUCAAAAAUGCAAGGUGAAGGACUCCUAUCUCUCUCUUUUUUUCCAUUUCCUCAUCCUUGUCAUCCUUUGGAAUAUUGUUAGGGUCCGUUUGAUUGCAAAGAUGGAAUUGAAUUGCUUAGAAAACGAAUUUCAGAGAAUUGAAUUGCCUAGAAU